AUGCACGAAAUAGUUGAUGAUUCGGGUACAUUUCGAUGGCAGCGAUUUUUCAAGGCUUUUGAUGCUAGUAUGCGGCGUCAUGCGCCUGAAAAUGCUCCAUCGCAUUGUUUGAAGCUGCGCGGCUUAUUUUCCUCAGUGAAAAAUGCUGAAGGCCAGAAAGAGGAAAUAGAACAUUCUCUGUUGCAAAAACUGAAACCACUUGUGCCAGUGCAUAUGCAUGUUGAGACGGGUUCGCAAGAAGGACUGGUAUUUGUUCGUUUUGCGUCGCUGUUCGAUUGUGGCGAAGCUUUCAAAAGUUUGCAUGGCAGUUGGUUUAACGGUACAUUUUACUGA